AUGCCAAAGUACACGCAGUCACAAAGAGACGUCUUAGCGCUGUAUCGCAGAGGGCUGCGAGCUAUCAGGGGCAAACCACAGGUGAGUCACGGUGCUCGACAUCUGCAAACUCAUGGAAUGCUGGCGUCAAACGGCAUCGAGGAAACACUGGUGCGCGCAGCAGCUAGAACUGACCGGAGACCUUCCACGCGCAAUUCAAGGACCGCUGACUGCACCUUAUCCACUUCGAUGCCUACCUCGUCUCCCCUCUUCAGCCCGCGCAGCCUCACUUCGUCACCUACCUGCGCCACGCCUUUAGGGCGCCGAGCCAAGGCGGAGGCGUUAAGCGCCGAGACUUCGCGGCUAUAGACUAUCUGAUGAGAAAGGGCAGGAAGAUGGUGGAGGAUGUGUUUGAGAGCUCUGGAGUCAAGGACAUCCAUCUACCCCCCGGUGCGGAAGAGUUCGCACAAAAGAGGCGGCGAAAAUAA